CAAUAUGGCGGUUGUCAACCAGACAAAGACAGUCAGUCUGAUGUGAUUGAGACAAGGGAGGUUUUCAGGGAGAAACUGGGAGACAGGGGCCUCCCCUCCCCCUUGUGCUCUUCCUGCGCGGCCUCAGCCCUCCCAGCCCCUCCCGACGGGCGCCCCACGCGGAAGACACCCCUCCCCCUCCCGCCUCCCUCCUCCCUACCCCAGCCCUUCGCACCGGGACGUUGGGGAGGGGGCUGUGCCGGGCGAGAGAACUCGGCGAGGAUUCGGAGAAUGGUAAAGAACACUGAUCAUCUCUGGAAAACUUAUUGAUCCACCUCAUGUAAAGUAUGCUCAGUUCCUUUCCAGUGGUUUUGCUGGAAACCAUGUCUCACUAUACAGAUGAACCCAGAUUCACCAUAGAACAGAUAGAUCUGCUUCAGCGCCUUCGGCGUACUGGAAUGACUAAACAUGAAAUUCUCCAUGCCUUGGAGACUUUGGACCGUCUUGAUCAAGAGCAUAGUGACAAGUUUGGAAGAAGGUCCAGUUAUGGAGGAAGUUCAUAUGGGAACAGUACCAACAAUGUUCCAGCAUCUUCCUCUACAGCUACAGCCUCUACACAGACCCAGCAUUCGGGAAUGUCCCCAUCACCUAGCAACAGUUAUGAUACCUCCCCACAGCCUUGCACUACCAAUCAAAAUGGGAGGGAGAAUAAUGAGCGAUUGUCUACAUCCAAUGGGAAGAUGUCACCAACUCGCUAUCAUGCAAACAGCAUGGGUCAGAGGUCAUAUAGUUUUGAAGCCUCAGAAGAGGACCUAGAUGUAGAUGAUAAAGUGGAAGAAUUAAUGAGGAGGGACAGCAGUGUGAUAAAAGAGGAAAUCAAAGCCUUUCUUGCCAAUCGGAGGAUUUCCCAAGCAGUUGUUGCACAGGUAACAGGUAUCAGUCAGAGCCGGAUCUCUCAUUGGCUGCUGCAGCAGGGAUCAGACCUGAGUGAACAAAAGAAAAGAGCAUUUUACCGAUGGUAUCAACUUGAGAAGACAAACCCUGGGGCUACAUUGAGUAUGAGACCAGCCCCCAUUCCAAUAGAGGACCCGGAAUGGAGACAAACUCCUCCCCCAGUCUCUGCCACAUCUGGGACCUUCCGACUCCGACGAGGGAGUCGAUUUACCUGGAGGAAGGAGUGCCUAGCUGUCAUGGAAAGUUACUUCAACGAGAAUCAAUACCCAGAUGAAGCAAAGAGAGAAGAAAUUGCAAAUGCUUGCAAUGCAGUUAUCCAGAAGCCAGGCAAAAAAUUGUCCGAUCUGGAACGAGUUACCUCCCUGAAAGUAUAUAAUUGGUUUGCUAACAGACGGAAGGAAAUCAAGAGGAGAGCCAAUAUCGAAGCAGCAAUCCUGGAGAGCCAUGGGAUAGAUGUACAGAGUCCAGGAGGCCAUUCCAACAGUGAUGAUGUUGACGGGAAUGACUACUCCGAGCAGCCCGCUUCACCUGGGGCAGGAACCGCAGUCGGAAUCCCAGCUGCCAGCCUGGGAAGGCCUGGGGCUGCCUGCACCCACUUGCUGGCCUUCACUCCUGGUGCCUUGCUGGCCUGACAUGGCGACAGUCACAGCCUCCGGGUAUUUCUGAUGCCAUCACCGGUCACUAUUCACCAAGCAGAACUUCAUGGGGACGAAUGACAUUUUCCUCCCUGGAUCAUAGGAUCCAGAGCAGAUGAUACGAAUGGAACCUGGCGCCUGUAGUAUUCUGAAGUCACCAGGGCAGGAGGAGGCGUGAGUCUGCCCCAGCUCCUCACUUGCCACGAGGAGGGUGCCACCUUAGGUGACUCCGCUGUGUCAGUGGCUUGUCUCCUCUCCCUUCCGCUGUCCUCUAUCCCCGCUGCGCCUGCCCCGAGGGGCAUCACAUGAUCUUUACACUGUCUGUGGCCCUUGCUCUUCUCCUGCUGAAGCAUCAGUCAUGUUGGGUAGGAUCCAAGACGCGCUGGCCUUUCUCUGGCUGGCUUGGUGUUUUUUGUCGCUUGCGGGAGCCUUUACCUCACUAUUCCAUCAAGAGCCUGUAGGAACGCGGCGGCCAGCAGUGCCACGGGCCUUCUCAACCCAUCCCCUGUGUGCUCAGGAGUCAUGCUCUGGGAGCCUGGGGCCAUUUGCCCGUCCUCCCCAAGGCUGGACACUCCAGGACUGGUUAGUAGUUGCUGGAGAAAACUCAGCAUGGCUUUUUCCCUUAUUCUUUUAGUGUUUGUCCUUAAACAAGCCUUUCUCACACCUCAGAAGCAGCCCUUGCCUAGCUGACCUAUUAGUUACACUUCCGUUUCCUGAGGAUGCCGAGAGGUGGCUGCCUGUUUAGAACUAUCCUCUUCCCCUGUCCCCAGACACACAGUUUAGAAGGUUUUUAUGCCUUUUAUCCUUCCCAAAAUACCUAAGAAAUGUAUAGAAGUUGGGCUAGUACAGGAAAAAGAACCUGUGAAAGAUUUUUAUUCAGCGCUUCUAUAAACGCCACCUUACCCGUCACCACCAACACACACGCGCGCACACGUAUGUCUACAGUCGCUGAAGGCUGCUCUCUUUGGGAUCUGUCAGUCUCUGGGACAAUUGAUUAUGGGCUUAUAACCCCAAAGAGCGGAGCAUCCCUUAUCUUGUUUUCAAAGCUACUGAAAGGGGACUCUGCGUUAGCACUUGGAAUCUGCCCUAGGACUAGAGACUCUAAGGACUGACCAGAUGGGCUAAUUCUGUGAUCUGUGAGACAUGCACCAAGACAGCCAGCAGAAGGUGGGACCUCCUUACAUGAGCUGCUGGCCUAGGGAUCUGAGUCCCAGAUAUGCUGCCCCGGGGACAGUGCUACUUACACAGACGUGGCCCUGCUUACAUUCUCAGAUGUUCCCAGAGGCUACUCUGAUCAAACAACCCUACACCAGAUGUUCCUGUACCACCAGCAGCCCACCCUCCCCCAAGAAAACCCCUCACCAAACCGAUGAAGACCUAGGUAAUACUCACGAAGUCAGCUUUUUGGAAGAAAACAGCAAAAGUAAAUUGUCUUUGUAAGAAUCUAGAGGGAAGAUGCUGUCAUCCGUAACCCUGAUAGUACCGGAGACACUACUGUUCCUUUGAGUUCUCAGCUCAGAAGAGCACCUGACACACGCAUGGUGUUCCCUGGGCACUGGUCCAAGCAUCUGUACUGCCGCCCCUGGUCCUCAGGGAGGCCCACACCCUCACCCUGCAAGCCAGAUGGGCCUCCAGCGCGUGCUGCUUCUAGUGGAUGCAAGGCAGGGGGGACCUGCUCACCCCUGCUGCUGAAGUCGUGUCUGUCAACCUGCUUCCUUUUCUCCUGGGACAGCACUGGCCGUCCAGUGCAACAGCACACCAUCACAUGGCCCCUUCUCUGUGAGCUGAGUACCCUUUGACGUGGAGCCAGCCAGGAAGAGGACCCAACCCCACAGCCUUCCUCCACAGCCCUCCCUGAGGCCUCCUCCUGGGUCAGGGUCACAGCAGGCCCCACAGCUUGUCGGGAGGGGCAGAGCACAUGCGAGCGGGUGCUCCUUGCCCCACCCCACCCCCGCACAGCAGUGGUGGCAGAGUGGCACGUCCAGUGUCUCCUGCUCUCUCUUCAGCUCUCUUAGCAACUUCCCAGGUUCCUGCUGUGUCCAAACAUGGUUUUGCUCACCCUCCGUCCUCUGCACCGUAGUCGUGAUGGGAGGCAGCGGGGUGUGGGAACUGGGCUCUGGUGUUGUGGUGCUGAGCCUCCGCCUUGCCUUGUGCCUCCCUGGCUCCUUGGGAGCCUUAACUGGCCUAUAAGUAGCAGCUGCAUGGAGACAAACCCAGAUUCAGGCCCAAUAGGGAACUCUAGUGUCCAGAAUCCAGGAAAGAUUGAGCUGCCUUGGGGUAGGGGUUUUGGGCCCUGUCCUGCCAGGGUUCGUGUGGGGGCUCAGUGACUGGUCAGGAACACUGAAGAGGAGAUAAAGGCUUCAAAUGGACCUGAAAAUUCAGCUAACUAAAAUUCUGUGCCCUCUCCCUUUUCAGCUCUUCCCCCAUACUUGACGGGUUCUCUGGGUACUAGUUCUGUCACGUUCUCUCUUCUGAUCUGUGUCACAUCAUAGGCAUCCUUGAAGCCCAAGAGAGUGAAAACAGGAGCAAGACCACAGGUGUGGGCAGUCCUGGUAAGACAGUCUACCAGGUGACUAGUUAGGGCUGGUUGUGUUGUUAGCUGGCAGUGGGGAUUAUCUUACCCAGCCCUCAUCCCCCAUGAACACCUUAAUUUGGAGGGGAAAGGGUAUGUGUGCCUUUCAUUUUUGUACUGAUCCAGAUUUUGCUUCUCUGGUGGUGGUCAGAUGACGUGGAAAUUUAGAACAGGGACCACUGCUUGGUGCUGUGCGAGUAGGGAGCCCACAGGGGUCGGGGCAGAAGCAAGACUUAGGACUUGUGGUUUCAAGGUGUGUUCCUCCCUCUCGGAAUUGCCAGUGUCCCAGCACUUACAGGUGGAGUCUGAACAGUCUUGUUCUGUGGCUUCCUUUGAGCACAGAAACCUCUCCCAUUUUUGCUUUAUUGGAACUAAGAGCCCAGCAUAAAUGUGAGCGUCACUGUCCCCACCUCGUCGUUCACUGAAGCUGUUAAAUUGGAAACAAGGACGUCAGUGCUGUGUCAGUGUGAGCCUCCGCGGGUGCCACACUGUCCUCUCUGUUGGGGCCAGAGCCAGGGGCAGCACAGGCUGAGUAGCCCACGUGCACUCUCAGGGGAUGAGUGAAGCAACUCCCUGCAGCUCUGGAAGUGGCCACCAGAAAGGCCAAGCCGGAGUUCCAGGGUGAGGUCAGAGUGGGCUCUCCACACUCUGGAAGCUCUGGCGAGUCCUCUCCUUACCACCCUUUGGUUUUGCCCAAACACCACCAUGCGGGGCCUUGUCUUUUCCUAGUAGUAUCCUCUGGCUGACCCUGUGUGUAACCCGUUGGGGUGGCCCUUGGCAGCCCAGCCUGCUGCCUUAAUGGCUGCAGAGUGGGGACCUGGAGAGGCCUCUGCAGGCCGCUGAGCCCUACAUAUAUCACUGGCUUCUUCACACCUCCUGGCUGCAAGGUAGGAUGCUCUCUCUGCCAGAAUGUGCCAAGAUCAUGGCAGUGGCCUGCCCUGAAGAGCCCACAGCCUUCUCUGAUUUCCCCCGGGCUCGCCUCCCUCCCAGGGGCAUGUUGGGUGUAUUUCCAGGAUAAAUUCUUAUUUAUGUUUAAGUGCCUAAGCAAGUUACAGACCUCUGGGACCUGCCAGAGAGUCAGCCUGUGCCCUGUCCUUCCCACCCUGCACCUGGCCCUCAGGGUGGGCAUCAGGUGGCUGCCCCUCCCUACUGCCCCUGCUGUUCUGCAGGCAGAACGACCACAAGGGUAAGCAACGGGGAGAGCUCUUCCUGGCCCGCAGGCUGGCUUCGUCACUGUUCCCCGUUUCUUUCGUCAGUGUGCUUAUGGUCUUGGUUCGUAGAGAAUUUUAGGGAGUCUGCUUAGCCAUCUCGCUGGCUACUGAGCAAUGGGGACCGGGGAGCAGGACAGUGUCAGAGCAGAAUCUGUCUGGUAGCAGUUGGAGGAUGCACCCAGAUCCAGGAGGGCAGAGGUGAAGCAAGCACAGCCUGAGCCUGGUGCCUCAUCCCUCCCCAAUCGCAGGGGCAGGGCGCCUGCUCACAAAGGCUGCUGGUAGGGUGUUGAGCAAGAUCCAGCACACAGCUUUGGGAGUGAGUGUGAGAGUGUUUGCUUCUUUAGAGUGAUGUAAGUGUGACCUAGCUAUGGCCUUUAUUCCAGGUGAGUGUAGGACAGAUGUGUUGUGACUGUGCUCUGUUCAGAUCACAUUGCCAAGCAGCACACCAAGGACCUGUGGGUACAUGAAAAGGUUUUGCAAAACGGAACAAUCCAUACUCAGGCACUUUAUUUUCAUUAAUAACCCAGCAUUUUCGUUCAGACCAUGUAACAACCCGAACUCUGUGCAUUCACACACGGCGUGUGGGCAGGAGUUCUGCCAGGAGGAGAAGGGCAGGUGGCUGGGUUGUGUCACACCGGAGUGCCACCGAGCUGUGGUGCAGACCGGGCCUGUCUGGGAGUGAAGUCACACAGCUAGGGCAGCGGCACCGUCCUCCCUUAGGUCCUGCCCAGUGCUGGCAGUUGCAGUGUUGCUGAGCAGAGGUGGUGUGAGUGGGGGCGCAAGGAGAGGCAGGCAGCAGGGGACCUGGCCGCCCUUAACUGGAUCGAACACUCCAGUCAGAGCAGAGUGCUGAGGAGUGAGGUCAUUUCUAGACAAGUACGCUUGUUUUAGCAUCUGUUGUGGGCCGGGCACUGGCUGGCAUGGCAAGUUUUGUAAGAGGGACUGCGGAUGUGAUGCCUGUGGUCCAAUCAGGUGCCCCAGGCCAAAGGGGCCAUGAUUCCCAAAAGUAUUCUGCUGCCACCAGACUUCGGGUGUCAGAUGGGCCGUGUAGGAUCCUGCCAGAUGAGUGGGCAGCACAGCCCCUCCCUGCCUUGGCCAUUGUGUCUUAGUUUUUUGUGUUUCCCUUUGGAUCCCCCCAUCUCUGUCCCCAUCUUGUGCACCAUGUGUCCCUGAGGGCGAGUCACACCUGUGUCUGAGUCUGCUGUAUGGUGUUCAGUCUACCUCAAGGGUCAUCAUGGUAAGCUCUGUCCACACGAAUCCUCCUUACACGCCACACACUGGAAUGUAUAUCUCCCUGCCCUCCCGCCCUCCAUAGCCCCUGACCCCGUGUUUCCUGUAAUCACAACUCCUAGUGCAAAUUGGAUGCUGCUUUAAAUGUGAAAACAAUUGUUCAAAAGCUAUAAAACCUGAAUGAAAGCUAAAGCUGAAUUUAUAAGCCUUGUUGCAUAUGAGCCAAAAGUGCAAAAAGCUCUAUAUACUGAACUAACCUGCCACUCGUAUAAAUAUAAAUAUAUAUAAAUAUAUUAAAAUCAGACUGUUCUACAAAAUUGUGUAUUUGUAUUUUUGUGUACGUACAAUUUUCUGCUAAGCAGAAGGAGGAUGUAGUAUAGGAUGCUGUGAGAAAAGACUUGGUUUAAUCCUGUUUCUUUGUUACUUAUUUUUGUUAACAUCAGAUGCCUGUCCUUGUCUUCUGUGUUGACACUGUUUGGAAAGCUGCAGCAUGUCUUCCUUAGGGCCAGGGUCCACGAGAGGAUGAUGUCUGGGGCUUUUGAGCUGUUGCAGCCAACAGCCACCCAACAGGGAGUGUGGCUCAUGGAAGCCCCGGGUGGAACCCGGAGCCACUCAUGGACCUUUGGUGGCACGGAGGGGAGGGGAGGGGAGGGCUGACGCACUUCAGACCAGGCUUGGCAUUCUGACUUGCCUCUGGGAAGCAAAUCCCACUUCUAGAAACCAACUCCCGAACGGAAACGUCAGCUCCCCCUAACGGACUGCACUGGGCCCAUGGGGAGCCAGGCGGGAGAGCUCUGUCUUGGGAACAGGACCUCUGGUUUCUGGGCCAUCCGUCUGCCCAGGAAGCAGCAGGUGGCUCUGCCUGGCCUGCGCCCAGCUCCCCUUCAGAGCAGUCGCUGCCUCUUUGAGGUCAGAUUUCCACAUGCCUCCCGCGGAGCUGCCCCACUUCACCACCAGACCUCCAGCCCACACCCUGGGGCAUCUCAGAGCCCACUCUGCCGGUGCUAAACACAAGAGGGGGUUAAAGUGGCCACCAGUAAAGACCAGAACCUGCCUCCAAAGGCCAGGCCGAAAGAUGAGCUCCGGGUUCCCACCGCUGCCCACCCACCUCAGCCCCCCAGUCCCUCGCUGGGAAGUGUCCCUAGGGAGAGCGAUGCUGCAUCUUCACCUGUAGGACUCAGUUCACGGCAGUGUGUGACUGUAGCAAGCGGCCCUUGUUUCUGGAUGUAAAUGGUCAAAGAAACAAGUGCUCUAUUGUAUUGAUUAAAAUAGUUCCAAUGAGUCCUGUUUCAUUGUAUCUCCUAUUCUGGAUUAGUGCCUUUUGGACAGUAGACUGUUCUGUAAUUAAAAUGUAGUAUAUACUGCUUUUUUGUACAGUUUUGUUUUAAUAAAACUUUUUUUUAAUUUGUGUUUAUUUUAGUAUUGUACCUAUUAGAGAAUAAAAUGUAUAACUGAA